AUGAACUAUCUACUGGCCUUUCUCGCCGGCCAGGCCCUACAUGCCCUCAUCUUCUGUCGCGGAGAAUGGGAUGCUUAUGCGAGCGACAUCGUCGUCGGUGCCAUUUUACUGAACCUGGGUUCUACAGUCGUUCUACACACAACAUCUGCCGUCGACAGCUGGUGGGUGUCUUUCAGGAACUCUGCAACCCUCGAGCUCGCAACGGUGGCUGGCUUGUUCACCAGCAUGCUCGUCUACAGGGCCCUUUUCCAUGCCCUGUGUCGGUAUCCUGGGCCCUUUAUGGCGCGCUUGUCCAACUUUUAUCUUUUGUUUCUCUCCAAACGCUUGCAGCUUUAUCGUGAACUGCAGCAACUACAUGAGCGAUACGGCGAUAUUGUGCGACUAGGGCCCUCUACACUCUCCGUCACCAAACUGGAAGCUGUCCAGGCUAUUUAUGGCCCCAAGUCAAAAUGCCGCAAGGGUCCUUGGUAUGAGCACUCCAAACCGAUGAUGACUCUGCACACGACCAGAGACCCAGUCGCGCACGCGCAGCAGCGAAGAACCUGGGAGCGUGGACUCAGCUCAGCAGGAAUUCGAAACUAUAGGGAUUUCAUUGCACAGACUACGCAAAGUCUUGUCAAAAGAAUCGAGACCAGUCAAGGUCAAGUGUUUGACGCCGCUCAAUGGUUCAAGUUUUUCAGCUUCGAGGUCAUGGGCUGGAUGGCCUUUGGGCAAGCCUUUGAUUUGCUCGCUACGGGAAAAUCGACGUACUUUAUGAACCUCCUUGAUGAAAGUGCGACCAUCCUCGGCACCGUUGCGCACCUUCCGUGGCUUUUUCUCUUGAUGAAGAUGACUCCUGUGCUGAACGCGCCAUUGCUCACCUUUCGAAAAUGGCUACACGACCAGCUUGAAGUGCAGAUGGAAAAGCCGGCAGACUCCGUCUGCAGCCUCUUCUCAUCCAUUCUAGAGCACUUUCCGUGCUCGGCAGAGCUGACGGUGAAGCAGCGUCGGCUUCUAGAAGGCGACAUGUUUUUGAUCAUUGUCGCUGGAAGCGAGACCGUGGCUGUGACCCUGCAGAACCUCCUUUACGAGCUCUCGAUCAAUCCAGACGCCCAGAGGAAGCUGCAACAAGAGAUUGAUGCCGAUGUCGCCGGGGUCGACGAGUGCGACCCCGCACGCCUCGCCAGGCUGGGCUACCUCCAAGCAUGCAUUGACGAGACGCUGCGGCUCUGGCCCCCGGUCGCGUCCGGCACGCAGCGCAUAACACCGCCAGAAGGGCUGCAGGUGGGAGAUGUGCUCCUUCCAGGGAACAUGAUUGUGCAGGUUCCCGCAAUCGUAGUGCAUCGCAACAAGGAAGCAUUUCCUCGCCCAAACGAGUUUAUACCUGAACGCUGGACGACAAAACCAGAGCUCGUCGUGGAUCGAUCCGUCUUUUUCCCAUUCUCCGUCGGAAAAUACUCAUGCCCUGGGAGGCAGCUUGGCUUGCUGGAGCUGCGUCACGCUAUUGUCGAGAUCCUGAAACGCUAUACGGUUCAGCUGGCACCGGGCUUCACCAGCAGAGACUUUGAAGAUGGCAUCGUAGACCGCUUUUCUACGGAAGUGUCAAGGCUAGAUCUGACGUUUACAAAAAGAUGA